UUCAUUCUUCUCCGAGCGGAGCGCAUGCGCGACGAUUCCCUUCCAACUACCACCUUCCCCUGUCCCGGCAGCCGCCGCCGCUGCCGCCAAGGAGUCGGGAAGUUCAAAAUGGCCGCCGUGGAGUCUCAGCUGCCGCGGGAAGCGCCUCAGAUGGAAGAUGCAGAUAAUUCUGAAAAGAGCAUAAAUGAAGAAAAUGGAGAAGUAUCAGAGGAGGACCAAUCUCAAAAUAAGCACAGUCGACACAAAAAAAAGAAGCACAAACAUAGAAACAAACACAAGAAACAUAAACAUUCUUCAGAAGAUGACAAGGACAAAAAACAUAAACAUAAGCAUAAACAUAAGAAACAUAAACGAAAAGAGGUUAUUGAUGCCUCUGACAAAGAAGGUGCAUCUCCAGCAAAAAGAACUAAAAUUGAUGACUUAGCUUUGCUGGAAGACUUGGAGAAACAAAGAGCUUUGAUUAAAGCUGAACUUGAUAAUGAGUUAAUGGAAGGAAAAGUUCAGUCUGGGAUGGGACUAAUAUUGCAGGGGUAUGAGUCAGGCUCUGAAGAAGAGGGAGAAAUACACGAGAAGGCAAGAAAUGGGAAUAGAUCAACUGCUAGGUCAUCAAACACUAAGGGGAAACUUGAACUUGUAGACAAUAAAAAUAGUUCAAAGAAACGAAGCAAAAGCAGAUCAAAAGAACGGACUAGACAUAGAUCUGAUAAAAAGAAAAGCAAGGGAAGUGUUGAAGGAGUUAAAGAAAAAACAACCAGAAGUAAGUCUAAAGAAAGAAAAAAGUCCAAAAGUCCAUCUAAAAGAAGCAAAUCUCAAGAUCAAGCAAGAAAAUCAAAAUCGCCAGCACUUAAAAGGCGAUCUCAGGAGAAAAUUGGAAAGGCCAAAUCCCCUAUUGAGGAUAAGAUUAAAUUAGAAGAUAAAAGUAAAUCAAAAGAUCGAAAGAAAUCCCCAAUUGUAAAUGAAAGCAAAAGUCGUGACCGUGGAAAAAAAUCCAAAUCUCCCAUAGAACUAAGAAGCAAAUCCAAAGACAGAAGGUCACGAUCCAAAGAUAGAAAAUCCAAACGAUCUGAGACUGAUAAAGAAAAGAAGCCAAUUAAAUCUCCCUCUAAAGAUGCUUCCUCUGGGAAAGAAAAUAGGUCCCCAAGUAGAAGACCAGGUCGUAGUCCUAAAGGAAAAAGUUUAUCUCCAAAACAGCGUGAUAAAUCAAGACGGAGUAGGUCCCCACUACUUAAUGAUCGGAGAUCCAAGCAAAGUAAAUCACCAUCUCGAACUCUGUCUCCUGGUAGAAGAGCAAAGAGUCGAUCAGUGGAAAGAAAACGGAGAGAACCAGAAAGGAGAAGGCUUUCUUCUCCGAGAACACGUCCUAGAGAUGAUAUUCUUAGCAGACGAGAGAGAUCAAAAGAUGUCAGUCCUAUUAGCAGAUGGUCUCCAAGUAGAAGAAGAUCAAGUAGGUCUCCUAUCCGUAGGAGAUCUCGUUCACCAAUCAGGCGAAGCAGAACUCCAAGAAGGAGAAGCAGGUCUCCAAGAAGAAGAGAUAGAGGUAGGCGGAGUAGAUCUCGACUUCGACGGAGGUCUCGAUCGAGGGGUGGUCGUAGGCGCAGAAGCAGAAGCAAAGUAAAGGAAGAUAAAUUUAAAGGAAGCCUUUCUGAAGGAAUGAAAGUUGAACAGGAGUCAUCAUCUGAUGAUAACCUAGAAGACUUUGAUGUUGAAGAAGAAGAUGAAGAAGCCCUAAUAGAGCAGAGAAGAAUCCAAAGGCAGGCAAUUGUUCAGAAGUAUAAAUACCUUGCUGAGGAUAGCAAUAUGUCUAUGCCAUCUGAGCCAAGCAGCCCUCAGAGUAGCACUCGAACACGUUCACCCUCCCCUGAUGACAUUUUAGAACGAGUUGCUGCUGAUGUUAAAGAAUAUGAAAGGGAAAAUGUUGAUACAUUUGAGGCUUCAGUAAAAGCCAAACACAAUCUUAUGACAGUUGAACAAAAUAAUGGUUCAACUCAAAAGAAGUUAUUGGCUCCUGACAUGUUCACCGAAUCAGAUGAUAUGUUUGCUGCAUAUUUUGAUAGUGCUCGUCUUCGGGCUGCUGGCAUUGGAAAAGAUUUCAAAGAGAAUCCCAAUCUCAGGGAUAACUGGACUGAUGCAGAAGGCUAUUAUCGUGUUAAUAUAGGUGAAGUCCUUGAUAAACGUUAUAAUGUAUAUGGCUACACUGGCCAAGGUGUCUUCAGUAAUGUAGUGAGAGCCAGAGAUAUGGCAAGAGCAAACCAGGAAGUGGCAGUGAAAAUCAUCAGGAACAAUGAGCUUAUGCAAAAAACAGGUUUAAAAGAACUGGAAUUUUUGAAAAAGCUUAAUGAUGCUGAUCCAGAUGACAAAUUUCAUUGUUUAAGGCUCUUCCGACACUUUUACCACAAGCAACAUCUCUGCCUUGUAUUUGAGCCUCUAAGUAUGAAUUUACGAGAGGUCUUGAAAAAGUAUGGAAAGGAUGUUGGUCUCCAUAUUAAGGCUGUAAGAUCCUAUAGUCAGCAGUUGUUCUUGGCAUUGAAACUUCUUAAAAGGUGCAACAUCCUACAUGCUGAUAUCAAGCCAGACAAUAUCUUGGUUAAUGAAUCAAAAACUAUUCUAAAGCUUUGUGAUUUUGGAUCGGCCUCACAUGUUGCAGAUAAUGACAUUACACCCUAUCUCGUCAGUAGAUUUUAUCGGGCUCCUGAAAUUAUUAUAGGAAAAAGCUAUGACUACGGUAUAGAUAUGUGGUCUGUAGGCUGCACACUAUAUGAACUUUAUACUGGAAAAAUAUUAUUUCCUGGUAAAACCAAUAAUCAUAUGUUGAAACUUGCUAUGGACCUCAAAGGAAAAAUGCCAAAUAAGAUGAUAAGAAAAGGUGUGUUCAAAGAUCAACACUUUGAUCAAAAUCUCAACUUCAUGUACAUAGAAGUAGAUAAAGUAACAGAAAGGGAGAAAGUUACUGUCAUGAGCACCAUUAAUCCUACCAAGGACCUCUUGGCUGAUUUGAUUGGGUGCCAGCGACUUCCUGAAGACCAACGCAAAAAAGUACACCAGCUAAAGGACUUGUUGGACCAGAUCUUAAUGUUGGACCCAGCUAAACGAAUUAGCAUCAACCAGGCUCUACAGCAUGCCUUCAUCCAGGAAAAAAUUUAAAUGAGAUGAAGAAGCUCAAAGGGUUUGAGUAAUUAAAAUACAAAGACUGAAGAAAUUUCACAGCAGAUUAUUAAUGUAUAUAAACUUAUAAAUAUUUCCCCCGCAAAUUGAGGAAGCAUGAUAUAUUUGAAUUAACACCAAGGCUGAUAUUUCUUUUAGAAAUGUUAGAGUAAAUCUGUUUGUGUCUUAUGUGAAAAUUUUCACUGUAGAACUGUUUUAAUUGCUGAGACUGCACACAAGUACAGUGCUAAUGUAAAUGGUUGCAGUUCACAUCAAAAAGAAAAAAAAUCUGUUAUAAAAUGAACAGUAAUACUGGGUGGAUGAUUGGUUUUUUAGCAGACUUGGCUUCAUUUUUGUCUUUAAAAAAAAAAAAAAAGGCCAGCAUAAAUGCUGUUUAUAUUCACGUUUUCCUAGGUGUGUGUGUGCAGGCCACAGCAGCAUGCCCUUGGUGUAGUCAGUGCCGAAAGGGGUCUGUUCCUUCUUGAGCCUGCCUGCAGGGAUGGUCUCCUCUUUUAAAGCAGGUUGUGUACAACUUUCAGUACACUGAAGGCAUAAACCUUCCACUCUUGAACAAAGCAGCUGCUUUUUAAAAGCGAGAAAAAAAGAAAGCGGGCCACAGGCCAUUCAACGCCUUCUCCAGGGGGCCUGAUUUGCUGAGACUCCAACUUCACCUUCUUAACAAGGUGCAGCUCAAGGAAGAUGAUGACAACCAGAAGACAUGAGCUAAGGGUAAGUGACUAUUCUUCAGAAGAACCUUUUGCAUUUAAAUGAUCAAGAUAUGGGAGCCUGUUCUCUGGAAUGUUGAAGAUACAUCCUAACCAUUUCAUGACAUAUUGAACUGGAAUAAGCAUUAAGGAGCACAUUUUCUUGACUUAGUUAUUGGUCACUUAAUGAAAUGUGCCUCUUUUACUCUAUAGUCUUUUUUCUCCUUCAUUUUAGUUUGGUAUUCUGUAUGCCUUUACUUUAGAAGGAUGAUCUUCAAAAAUAACAUUUCCAAACUGGCAAGACAUUGUCUUAAGUAUUUGUUCUAUGUUUUAUUCCUUUAGAUAAUGCUAUUAAAAUACUUGAUUGUUUCCCACAGUAGCAAAAACAUAUGCUGUAACUUUAAAAUUAUUACUUAAUAAAAUAUUUAGGUGUUCAAAUAUUGCUGUUUAGCUUUUAGUGUCCCAAAAUAGCUUGCAAAGAUAUACUAAUUUUUUUUAUAGACCCAAAUCAAAUCAUUACAAUUUUUUUAGCACAGUGGAAGAUACAGUAUAAAUCUCAAAUACAAAAGUAAUGCACAUUUCUUCCACUAAAGGAUACUAAUUUGGCAAGAGAAAGAAGAUUGAUUUCAGCACGCUUUUGCUUUUAACUCUAUUGCUAACUUUGAUCUUGAGGUUGAUGUGUUUAUUUUCCUGACUGGUCUUAAAUACUAGGAGUGCCAGGGAAAAUAUUAAUAAUUAUUCCUUUAGAAAUUAGAAAUGGACAGUUUACAGCCAUGCUUGCUCAAAAAGCCCGUUAUAUGAAAGUUUGGGGAUUGAAAAGGAACUUAAUCUAUGGUUUAUUUACUACCUUCCACCCCAAGACUAUAAUGAACAAAUUUCUCAUAAAGUUUUUCAGAAUUUUAUGUACUUCAACUACAGUUAGAAUUCACUACCUCUUAAUUUAGAAUUAUUUGUUGUUUUCCAAAUAUUAUAUUGUAGUGGGCUACUGUAAAACUGUAUCAUGGUUAUAUAAAAUUUGCCAUGUUACUAACGUACUGUAUCACUUGCCAUAAAUAUUUUGAGGCAUUUAAUCUUGUAUAUUUUACAGCCUAUAAGUUUUAAAAUUAAGGUCCUCUGCUUCAGAAGGAUGUAUUUCAUAUCUGUAGUCUUGUUUGCAUGCCACUGAAAUGAAUGAAAAAAAGCAGCUGCUUACAUACAGUAACAUGUAAGGCAAGUAGUGUAGGAUAUCAGAUGGGAAUGGAGACAGGUAAAAUAUUUCCAAGUUUUAUAAGGAUACUUAUGAAGACCCACUAAUUGGAGCCUCCCAAGGCUCUAUUUAGUCUUGUUUUGAAAUAGAUUAUCCAAUCUUUAUUUUCUAGAUUUGGAUUCAUCUAUUGUUUUUUCUUGGGUCAUUGUGCUUAUUUACUCUAUAGCUAAUCAGGUGACGGGCCUAUGGGAGCACAAUGUAAAAGCAUUUUAUAUAUAUACUGUACUUGUAUUAGAAAGAACUAGCUUUCAAGCAAGAAUAAUUUCAAUUUUUUGGUCAUUUAGCAAAAUUUUGUAUUUGUAAGGAAGAGUAUUAACAAGAAAGUAUAACUGAACUUUUUAAAAUUUGAAGGACAUGAAAUGUAUGUUCUUUGGAACCAAAUAGUACAAAUUUGAUAUUUCUGCUUAUAUCAGUUUGAAUUGUAUAACAUGGUAAGAGUUUAUGGAUCCAACUCUAAAUAAAUAUGCUUCUCCCUGAA